GGAUGGGCGGAGCGACGACGGAGGACGACAAUCGCAGGGAGAUAAACCCACUCUGAAACCAGCAGGGUAGGGGAUAAAAAUAGUGAAAACCACCGUCCCGCUUUCACCCAGAAUUGUUUAUAUUUCAUCACUUCAUCAAAGAGAGGGAGGCCAGCCCAGGAUGAACGGCGAGUCAGGUGCCGGAGUGGUGACGGCCCCCCCUCCCACCACUGCCCCCCACAAGGAGCGGUACUUCGACCGGGUGGACGAGAGCAGUCCAGAGUACCAGAGGGAGAGGAACAUGGCGCCUGACCUGAGACAGGAUUUCAACAUGAUGGAGCAGAGGAAGAGGGUCUCCAUGAUACUGCAGAGCCCGGCAUUUUGCGAGGAGCUGGAGACAAUGAUCCAGGAUCAGCUGAAGAAGGGGAAGACGCCUACAAGCCUGCUGGCUCUGCAGCAGAUCGCAGAUUUCAUGACCACCAGCAUGCCUUCCAUGUAUCCCGCUGCACCACAGGGAGGCAUGGCGUCACUGAACAUGAGUUUGGGGAUGGUGACUCCAGUCAACGAUCUGCGCGGCUCAGACUCGAUUUCCUACGACAAGGGAGAGAAGCUGCUCCGCUGCAAGCUGGCUGCCUUUUAUCGGCUCGCUGACUUGUUCGGCUGGUCCGAGCUCAUCUAUAACCACCUCACCGUCAGAGUGAACUCGGACCAGGAGCGCUUCCUUAUUGUUCCUUUUGGCCUCCUUUACAGUGAAGUUACAGCCUCCAGUCUGGUGAAGAUAAACCUUCAAGGUGAGGUUGUGGACCGGGGAAGCACCAACCUUGGAGUCAACCAGGCCGGCUUCACCCUCCACUCUGCCAUCUACGCCGCACGGCCCGAUGUCAAGUGUAUUGUACAUAUACACACACCUGCAGGUGCUGCGGUGUCGGCCAUGAAAUGCGGGCUGUUACCCAUCUCACCAGAGGCUCUGUCUCUUGGUGAAGUGACCUAUCACGACUACCACGGCAUACUUGUGGAUCAGGAAGAAAGUGCUCUCAUACAGAAGAACCUUGGGCCCAACAGCAAGGUGCUCAUCCUGAGGAACCAUGGCUUGGUGUCAGUAGGUGAAACAGUGGAAGAGGCUUUCUAUUACAUCCACAAUCUGGUCACUGCCUGUGAGAUUCAGGUGCGAACACUGGCUAGCGCUGGAGGGCCAGAUAAUCUGGUGUUGCUGGACCCGGGGAAAUACAAGUCGCGCCCACGGGUCCCUGAGCCAGCUGGGGAUGGGUCAGUAACACACCCCAAGUGGCAAGUCGGGGAGCAGGAGUUUGAGGCUCUUAUGAGAAUGCUCGACAACUUGGGCUACAGGACGGGCUAUCCUUACCGCUGCCCGGCCUUACGAGACAAAGGUAAAAAGUACAGUGACGCGGAGAUCGCUUCCUCCGCCCACGGUGGUUACUCAUACGGGGAGGACAGCGACUCAGGUGCUCGCUCCCCGCUGAAACACAGCUUCCAGCGCGGCCAGCGUGACAAGACCCGUUGGCUCAAUGCCGGCGGUCGCCCUGACGAGCCCUACGAGGACGGGCCCGACGGCAGCAGCCCCAAGUCGAAGCCUAAGGUGUGGACGAACAUAACACACGAUCACGUCAAACCCUUGCUGCAGUCUCUCUCGUCCGGUGUCUGCGUGCCAAGCUGUAUAACCAACUGCUUGUGGACAAAGGAAGAUGGGCUCCGCCAGGCUGCCGCAGCCAAUCAGUUCAUCCCAUUGAACACCAACCCAAAGGAAGUCCUGGAAAUGAGGAAUAAGAUCCGGGAGCAGAACCUGCAGGACAUAAAGACCGCAGGACCCCAGUCUCAGGUUCUGUGUGCAGGCACUGUGGUGGAGCGUUCUUUAAACCAGGACGCCCCUCUGUCUGACUGUACAGACAAUAUUGAUGGCCUCGAUGUGUCCGAGGGGUCCUAUAGUCCUGCUAAAUCAAUUAGAAAGGGUGAACUAAUAACUGCAUCAAAGGCCAUCAUCGAAAAGGAGUACCAGCCCAGGGUUAUUGUCAGCAAGCAGGGCCCCAACCCCUUCACCAAACUAACCGACCAGGAACUGGAGGAAUACCGCAGGGAGGUGGAGCAGAAACAGAAAGGAACUGAAGUGCAGGGUCGAGGCGAUGUUAGGGAGGGAUCAGCCUCCAGCGUACCCGGUCCACAGCCUGAAACGAUGCCGAGGGGUCAGGCCUCGGUCUCCACACCUCGACAGUCUGCAGCUGACUCACCCAGCUUAGAGAAAGCCCAGCCUUCAGCUACAACAGCAGCCUCUGAGCAGGAAUCUUCUUCCCUUGGCCCGUCCAGUGCGGCCGAGCCAGCUCAGAGCGGGGCAGACUGUGCGGGGACAGUAGCAGAUGACGUUUUUUCGACUGCAGAUGAGGUUUUUUCGGCUCCAGAUUCUCCACAUAAGGAGUUCCACUCGGCCGUGCUGCGAGCCCUCAGCAAGGAGCCAUCAGUGGUAGAGGCAGCUAAGGCAGGUCAGGCUCCAGAUCCAGAGCAACAAGUAGAGUCUGAGGAGGAGCCCAAAGGCCCAAAACCCACCUCCACACCACCCAGCACCCCGGUCAGAGCAGAGGAAGAGUCCUUGCCAGAACAAACUUUUAAGGAUGAGAGCGACGCAGCCACCCUGAGACAGACCCUUCCAGAUCUAACACCCGACGACCCAUCCGACGCUCCAGCACUUCCUGCCGAAGACUCCGCCUCGGCCCCUGCAGCUGCAGAAGCAGCCGAGGGGGAGGAACCCGCUGAUGCUGGCGACCAGGAGGGUGACGAGUCUCCCAGCAAGUCACCCUCCAAAAAGAAAAAGAAGUUCCGCACUCCUUCCUUCCUAAAGAAAAACAAAAAAAAGACAGAAUCCUAGAUUGGAGAUUGUUGGAUCGGUCCUCAAGGCUGGCCUCAGCUUCUUUUCAUUUUUGCUUUUUGUCUGCUAUCAUCGCACCCUUCGAGCAAGCCACAGUUACACGCAGUUAUGCUUUUUGUUGUUUUGAUAUCAUUUGUUGCUGGCUUAUUAACCUCUUUUUCCUCGUUAGUGUGUGCCAAUUUUGUAUACAAUGUAAAAACGAUUGCAUAAAGGUUUUUAAUUAUUA